UACACGUGCACAUCGCUGCGCAGUCGUGUACUGUUCUUGGCGAAGCAUUCGCAACUUCACCCCAGUAUUUUCCCAAGAACUCACGGGCACCGAAAAGUAGUUCAACACUAACAGGAGCAAAGUUUACCCGGUGAAGCCAACUCUGGAAGUAUGGACGACUUAGACGCGUUGUUGGCAGACCUGGAAUCCACAACGUCUCACAUCUCCAAGCGUCCCGUGUUCCUGUCCGAGGAGACCCCCUACUCCUUCCCCACUGGAGGGAACUCCUACCAGGAUGUGUCAGCCUCUCCCCCGGUGCCGCCGCCUCCCUCGGCCGAGGCUCUGAAUGGCACUGUCCUAGGCUCCCACAACUCCUCCCAACAGUCUCUGGGCUCUGCUCCAAAAGACUCUUGGUCUGGUGACUGCAGCAGCCCCUCCGGCACUGAAGAGGACCACGUCUACAGUUUCCCGAACAAGCAGAAGACUGACUCGUCCGUGGCUACCAUGAGCUCGGCCCUGGGCAGUAACCUGUCGGAGUUGGACAGGCUGCUCCUGGAGCUCAAUGCGGUCCAGCAGAACUCCCCCUCCUUCCCCACCACAGAGGAAACAGCCCCGCCCCUGCCGUCCUGUAGCAUUACCCACUAUGUGCAGGAGAACGGGGGUCCCCCUGACAUCACGGUGAGCUCUCCCCCUCAGGAGAGACUCAGGCGGGAUGGGCCGGUGGAUGAGGGCCGGCCCACUGUGGAGAGCCUGCUGGACGAGCUGGAGGGUUCCGUACCCACUCCCAGCCCUAGCAUGUCAGUCCUUCACAGUGAGCUGGACUCUUCCUCUCAGCAGCAGGCCAGGAUCUCAGCUUCCUGUGCCACGCGGGAACUUGACGAGCUCAUGGCCUCCCUGUCUGACUUCAAGCCUGUUCUCGGCUCCUUGGGGUCUAUGAACUUUGACCCCAGUGUUGAUCAGGCAGAAACCUCCCCCAGCAGCACUCUGGCGGUCCAUCCUCCUUCACGUAGCCCCUCCUCCCCGGCUGCAGCAGCCUCCCCUCCACUCCUUCCUCCUCAAACCUCCUGUGACUCCCCUCUCUUUGCUCUACCUGCUUGGGAGCUGCACAUAGAAGAGGAAGGUGGUCGUGCACUUUCCCCUCCACAACCCUCAGUACCAAGCCCUCCCACAGUAACUGGACCUGCUCAGGACACUCUGUCAUUUGUAGAGGGUGACCUGGAACCAAAAGCUUCCAUGCUGACCUCUGGUCAGAAGUCUCCAGUACUACUCAACAACUAUGACCCUUCACCCAAUGCUGCUAAACCAUCACUGAACUCAGCCACCACCGACCUGGACCACAACCCUAGUCCCGCUCUAGAGCUUGGUUCAAGUCCUGCUGUUACCAAGAGCCCCAGUCCCCUGACUCACAUAAAUGGAAGUUUCUCCACUCCAAUGACUACCAAGAGCCACGUUCCUGUCUCCAAGAGCCAUUCAGCUCCACCUGCUUCUGUCACUAAGGGCCCUACUCCCCCUCUCACUUCUUCUAAAGCCUCUUCGCCAUCACUUAUCCGGUCUCUUAAAGCCCCCACGCCCCCAGCUCUCACCAGCCCCAAGAUCUCCAGAAGGGUGCAGGAGCCGGUGGCUGCGGCUGAACCAUCCCUGGACGAAGCCCUGGACAAGCUGCUGGCCAUGAGUUUCACCAAGGUGGAGGACAGCAGCACUCCUCCGGAGGCAGGGCAGCUGAAGGUGGAGGUGGUUCGGCAGGUGUAUGAGCAGCCCAUCAUGCCUUUAGACAGAAGAGACCUGCAGCCAGACACCACCCGGAGUCUCCAGGAUGGGACCAGUACCCGGGACGGGUCCGUGAUGAGCGGACACACCGACGGGCACAGGGAGCUGAUGGACUGGGCCGAUGUGGAGCUGAACAUGUGUCUCCAGGACGGACUGGAUGGUAGCAUGACUCCUUACACAGAAAGGCCAUACACGGACGGGAGCUUGACCCCCAUGACCGAGGCCAGCUGGAUGGACGAGUCCCUGGAUGGCUUAUCGUGCCCCGGGACUCCGGACGGCGCCCUGGACCUGCCUCUCCUGCAGCCCGCUGCCAUGGACAGGGUCUCCGCGUCUGGGCAUCUUAAGUCCGUGAUCAGGCGCACCAAGGAGACCCCCAACGUCCACCCCAUGUACCGAGAUGGUCACCCGCGGAGGGGGAGGGUGGGCCCCAUCAUCGUCAAUAAGAGCAGCUCCCAGGACCGCCUCAUAGAGGAGCUGCAGGGGAAGCUGGGGAUUGGCCGACUGACUGACCGCCGGCGGAAGCAGCCGGAUGAUUGGCUUACAGAGGGCGUCAUCGUCAUGUCCAAGCCGCAGCGUUUCCGUGGCGAUGGGGCCACGAAGGAAGUGGACAAGAUCAUUAUUCCCCCAGAGUCCCCUGUACCUCAGAGGAGGGUGAUUUCCCCUCCCCCUCGUCACCCUCCUGUAGCAGAAGAGCCCAGGAGACUCCCAUGUGUGAUGCAGACCCAUGCUCCCCUACCUCCGACGCCACCCCCAUGUCCCCCUCCUCAACUCCCUCCACACCAAAAAUACAUCCCUCCCCCGCCUCUCCCAGUGCAACAGCCCCCUGCCCCCAAGCGCGAGCCCCCUCCUCCCGCUCCCCCAGCCCCAGCGCCUCCACCGGUGCAGCAUAAACCAACCCCUCCACCUCCUCCCAAAGUCCUGGUGUCUGUUGGCUGUCAAACCGAAUACAACCCAGUAUUCCCUCCAAUGCAGAUCAUGGCUCAGGGGAAAGGUGGUCCUGGAGGCCCCCCAACCCAGGUCAACAAGCUGGACAACAUGCUGGGCAGCCUGCAGUCUGAUCUCCAUAAACUGGGAGUUCAGACCGUGGCCAAGGGAGUUUGCGGGGCCUGCUGUAAACCCAUCGUGGGACAGGUGGUCACGGCCAUGGGACGCACCUGGCACCCGGAACACUUUGUGUGUACCCACUGUCAGGAAGAGAUCGGCUCCAGGAACUUCUUUGAGCGCGAUGGAGCCCCCUACUGUGAGAAGGACUACCACAACCUGUUCUCCCCACGCUGCCACUACUGCAACGGGCCCAUCCUGGACAAAGUUGUGACGGCGCUGGACAGAACCUGGCACCCGGAACACUUCUUCUGUGCUCAGUGUGGGUCCUUCUUCGGCCCGGAAGGCUUCCACGAGAAGGACGGGAAGGCGUACUGUAGGAAGGACUACUUUGACAUGUUUGCGCCAAAAUGUGGCGGGUGUGCCCGAGCCAUCCUGGAGAACUACAUAUCAGCGCUGAACUCUCUUUGGCAUCCAGAGUGCUUCGUCUGCAGGGAGUGCUUCACUCCGUUUGUCAACGGGAGUUUCUUCGAGCACGACGGCCAGCCCUACUGUGAGGUCCAUUACCACGAGCGGCGCGGCUCCCUCUGCUCCGGCUGCCAGAAGCCCAUCACCGGCCGCUGCAUCACGGCCAUGGCCAAGAAGUUCCACCCCGAGCACUUCGUCUGCGCCUUCUGCCUCAAGCAGCUGAACAAGGGCACCUUCAAGGAGCAGAACGACAAGCCCUACUGCCAGGGCUGCUUUGUGAAGCUCUUCAGUUAGGAAGGGGAUGUCUAUACCUGGAGAUGUUUGAUUGUUUGUUUGUGUGUGUGUGUGUGUGUGUGUCUGUGGCACACAAGCGUUCAUCUGGGAAGUGUCUGUGUCGCUCAGGUAGUGUGUGCAAAUCAGAUUGAGUGUGUGAGUUGUUUUAAGAGGUGUGUGUGUGUGUGGUUCAGGUUGUCGUUGUGACAGAUUCCAGCAUCCUCUUAUUGGAUAUUCAGAUCAGGUCUAGGCCUGUUCUCUGUAUGUGAUGCUCAGAAUGGCAUGUGACCUUGAGCCCUAUUAGUUUUCUUCGCUUUCGUAGUCAGGGUGAAUGCUUUCUGAACACUGUAAGAACACAUGACAUACCUGGAGGAGAGUUGGAGGCUUCUUCUCACUGGCUGAGUGUGUCUCUUGGAAACCAUUUUGAAAUGUGUCGUGUUAUUAGAGCAGGGAGCAGGUGACCAGUUAUUUUAUUUUUUUUAUCAGCUGAGGCCUUUUUCAACUGCUACAGCAAAGGGCUUGCUGACAUUAGCUUCUAUGUUGCUGUCCGAGUUAAUGGUAACAGAUGAUAGGAUUAUGUCAUUGUUGCAUUGUCCAGAAAGAGGCUCUAUCAAAUUUGAGAAAUAUUAAUUUACAACAAUAUUGAGUCCCCCUAAUGUUUGGAAAAUAGAAGUUACAUAUUACAACAAAUGGGUAGAUUUUUUAAUAUUGUUAGUUUGUCACCUUAUCCAAAGCCCACUCUGUCCAUUAGAGAUGAAUCUGGAGGUUGACUGGUUCACUGUUGCCUUCUGUUCAGGAUGGGCUCAUGCAGUGUAAAAGUGCAUGCCAUGAUUAAAAAUAACAGUUUUAUUUAACUGUGAGAGUAUUGUGGUAUUUCCAUAUACUACAUUGCGCUUAUCAGUUAAUAUUUUUAUAACCACUCAUUAAAAGAACUCCUCUAAGACAUUUCAUAACAGAUACUUUUUUUCUACUGUGAAGUUACUGUGCAUUGAUUUCAAAAUGUUUGUAUGAGAUUUAGAAAUACUGCAAAUGUCUAAGACCUGAAAUACAAACAGCACUGUGCAACUGGCAAGGUUUUAAUGAGACAUUUUACAUACAUAUUAUAUCUUGAUUCUAUCCAAAUGACACUUUCAAGGAAUUGGCCUAUCUAUGCCAAAAUAUCAAUGCAAUGUCUUUUACACUGGGGAGACCAGCAAAGUAACCUUCUGUUUAUAGACUAGGCGUCCUGGUCUGAACCUUCAGAUCUCGUUCAGUGACUACUGGAUCACCUGUUGAUGUUGGUUUGAGAGUAUGCAGCAUCUACUGUACACCAGUUAGGUUUUUCUGGACUUGUAGUCUUAUCUAUCGUUUAAUGGUUGCGUUACUGUAACUUUAUCAGGCCUCUAUUUUGUUCAGGGAUUUACACCCAGGGCCUUUGUUCAUAUAUUUUACUUAAACAUUCAUUUAAUCAUUUGUCUACUCCAAAUUAUGGUAGGCUGUUAUUUAACCAAAGCUACUGUUUUUACUUCUUGAAAUUGUCCCAUGUCACUUUCUCAAUGAAUUUGAAGUGUCUCAGAACUGAAUAGUGAUCCAACUAAUUUCAUGUAGGCUGUAUACUCAAAUAAAACUCUGUUUUCGUUA